GCACUCCCGUUAUCGAUCAGUCUCGUGGUAGCGGUGGUAGCCCGCCGUGUCAUGGAGGAUCUCCUGCUGCAGAUCGUCAGGGAGUCGAAUAAUGCGAGGUUACAAAAUUUACGCAAAUCAGCGCAGGAAGCGCACGAUUUUUUGGAGAAGCAGCAAGGCUUGCUACGAGAUCCACCUCACGAACUCCGCGCAAAAUGCUUACAUACGUUUCAGCUAGCACUGGAGAGCAACAGGAGCAAAUUUAUUGCCUUCGGUCUUGCGGGAUUACACAAAAUGUUGAGAGACGAUAGAUUUCAAUCGCCCUAUGAACCGGAAGACGAUUCGUUAUGGUUGCCUGCGCAAAUGUUGCACGCCAUGAGCUCCAUCGUCUCGCAGUCCGAUGACACGCAAACGGAUAUGCUCAAAGUUUUACUGCAGGUUGCCUGUUCCCCUUAUUGGACCAUGAACGGACGUCUGAUUAUCGCUAUAUUAACUACUUGCUGCGAAGCUUUUGAGAAUGGAAAUCAAGCUGUACGUACAGCAGCACAGGCAGCGACCAGUCAAACAUUGCGAUCGUUUUGUCUCUUCUUAGACGAAGAGUGUCAGGAGAUGGAUGAGAAUGCCAAACGGAACAAGAAUGUUCGCGAGCGAGGCGUCUCGUGCUUCAACGAGGCUCUGCCGAUUCUGCAAUAUAUCUGCAGCAAGCUGGACGAGGCUCAAAAUAACGGCAGGAACGGCAACACUGUGGUCUUCCUACUGGAAUGCCUGCACACGCUCAUAUCGUCGCUACCGCAAAAGAUUCACACCAACGCGCAUUUCACGACCUUCCUGUGGCAGAAGUUCUGUCCCGCCUUGAUAGCCUUUCUAGGCACGCCUCGAGUGGAUAAAACCUUCACCUCCCGGGAGGGGAAGGAGAAUGAGAUUGGCAGAGGUUCCGGAUACUUGGCCACGUCGUUGAGCUUCGACAGCCAUCAGGCUAAGACUGUUUACAGCAUUGGUACAGAAUUAGUAAGAUUAGUAGGAUGCGUUGGUCCGCUGCGACCAGUCUUGGAAUCGGUGUUUCACAGAAUGCUGCUAUAUCCACCACCGCAGCAACGUUUAGAACCGUUAAAAGCGUUGAAAGAACUACUGCGUAGUCCUAGUCGCAUGGUGGAUUUUGCUGGACCGUUACUGGUCGAGGAAGACCGAUCGAGUCAUAUACAAAGUGAUAUGGCACUGAUGAGACUAGCCAUGGAUUCUAUCGAGGAAUCAACAACCGGUGGACUGGCUAUAUUGCAUGCGAGUGUCUCCUGCGUAAUUGCCAUGUUGUCGGCGCUUCAGGAACUUUGCGAAGGCAAGGCGAUUAAUCACAAUUACACGUGCACGAUCAAUAGUUUGUACGAGGAUUUGGAAUCCUGCGACUAUCGCGGACCUUUGACCUAUCAAAGCAUGGCACGAUUGCCAAAAACUUAUAGGGAACAAUUGGAAUUAAUGAAGAAAGGUAUGGGUUCGGAUUCCGACUCAUCCGGGCAUGGACCAUCGGAGGAUGGCGAUUCAACCGACACCGAAGGUCCUCAAAACGAGUCGGACGAGGUACAGGAGGAAAAUAGCCUCGACGACAACGAUUGCGCAACAGAGAACGAGUGCGAGAGACUGAGAUUGAAAAAAUUACCAAAAUGUCUUCACGUGGGUCGACAGGUAGCUGACGAAUGCAACGUGGAUGUUGAGAGGCACAAUGCCAGGCGAUUUGUAAAAACACUCAGAUCCGAUCUCAUACCGAUGGUACUCACAUUAAGGAGUAACAUCGAAGUGGAUGAGGCGUUGCAGAACUUUGCUUCCGAAUACUGUCAAGGAGUGUUUGUAGCUCAGCAGAAAAUGCAGGAACAAAGUGAUACCAGUACAGAUUCAUGUGCGUUAAUCACAAUCAUGAACGCCGAUGGAAUUUAUUUGGCAACGUAUGCGGCGUUGCUUCUCAAUCUGAAAUUAAUUCGGAUAAAUUACUAUCAUGACGAGGCUCGGCAAGUACCGGUCAGCGAGGAGCAAUUUGUGGAAGAGGUGCAUGGGUCAGGUGUUCUGGUUUAUCUCUCAGCCACGUGGCUUUCCGAAUUGUAUCAACAAGUGCUCGCGUGUAAUUUACUCGAGAGAUGCGGUUAUAAUCCCAGCUCUACGGAAAAUAAUGCGUUAGUCAAUGUUCUCACGGACGUGGACGGUAUACCUGGUAGCCACAGAGGUGGACAGUUGCUCUCCGAUUACAUAAGACUGGAACGGGCCCAACUUUCUCGAAGCGAGCCGACUCCGGAAGCGGAGGCCGGCGCGAAACUUUCCCGGAGAGUGCUGACUUGUUGCUGGAGCAGCAUGAUGACGGUUCUUACGACGGGACUGAAUCCUCCCAAGGAGGAAACCAAUAAAAGCAUCCUAAACAGAGAUGGUGGUAGAAGAGGAGUCAGGGAUACGGUCGUCUUGGCGCUCGAGGGUCUUCACAAGGCUGCCACAUUGAGCAAUGUACUCGGCUUACAGAAUCGUUGCGGCUCCAUCUUUGCUCUUCUCGCCAAAGCCGCUUGCACAGAACAAUCCAUUUCGAGAAUCACUCGCAAGAAGGAUGUUCUCCGACUUAAAUUACAGAACAGGGCGACCAAUAUUCACACAUCUCACGCGCUCAGUAUGGACGUGCUUUUGGGACGAGGUUUGGAACUCGGUAGUCAUGGUAGCGAUUGCUGGCCGCACGUUUUUACGUGUUGUCUGUACGUGAGCAAGCUGGAACAUGACUUCUUUGGAAGGAAUCAAAAUCCAUCGCUGCCCAAAGCUCAUCAAAAGAAGGAGAAAAAAGACAUUGCGAAUGGGGAUGCUAAGAAUGGUCAAGAUAGGCUGCGACUAAAUUUUAAUAUUGUCGAUGAUGAGGAAUCUUGCGUGGAUGUUUACAGUUUUCUUUCGAGUCCUUAUACGCAAAAUCCCAGCUCGGACACUAUCCCGGAGAUUAUUCAAGAAUCGAACGCCGACAGCCAGUUCAAUGGCAUUCUACCGGCGGACUACGCCGCCAAGAUUAUCUGCGUACUGUCGCAGCAAGUCGACAGACUCUUCGAGGACGCGGCACUUAAACUGAAUCUCAGAGCGCUCUGCUCGUUUCUCACGGCUCUCUGUAAGGCUAGCAAAGCGCAGCUCUUUAAGACCACCGACGGAUGCAAAGAUAAUAAGAGAUUUUGGUGGAGACGGAAUAAACCGAGGGAGAAUGAGAUGAACGUGUUGCUUUUAGCUCGUUUGGGCGAAGUUAUGCUGAAGUGUGUAAAAAGCGGCAGGCCCUUGAUUCAUAUAAUGGGAGUAUGGAGUAUUCUGGGGCCACACUUCAUGGAAGCAGCUUGCCACGAGGACCGCGGCAUCUCGAAGAAAGCCGUUCAAUGCAUUCACGAUUCCAUGGCGGGUUUGUUGAACGAGCAGAUAGAACUUCCGCAUUUUCACUUCAACGAGGCGCUCUUCAAGCCUUUUGAAAAUCUUUUAUGUCUCGAGCUUUGCGACAGUGACGUGCAGGAUCAAAUCGUUAGCUGCAUCUGCGAGUUCGUCGAAACGAAUUGCACGGAGAUCCGCUCGGGCUGGCGUCCGCUUUUCGGCGCCCUCCGAGUGGCGUCGGUCGGCAAUUCGGAUUCCGUCGAGUCAGCCCCCUUGUUGGAAGUCUUCAGGGUUUUUCUCUCGACGGACAACACGUUGGUCUUCGCCAACGCCGCACUGGACUGUAUCCUGUGCCUGCUGAAACACGUGCGGGGUAUCGGCGACAACGAGACCCAAUCCGAGGAGGCGGAAAACAUUGACGGCGCGGAAUCGAGGAGGAUGAGACUCUGCGUGGAAAGUCUCAAGUAUCUGUUGAGCUGCAGCGACAUCCUGUCGUCGAUGUAUCGGAUGCCAGCCUGUCCGAUCUUCCAUUCUGCCCAGAGAAUUCAAGUGUCGACGUUGCCGCAAUACGUGGACCCGGUUAUACCGAAUCUCGAGCUAACCAGAUUCGACAAGCACAUUGAGUCGAUGCAAGAUAUCAUCCCGGAAAGAUCAUACGAUGUGCUGACUCCGCUGAUCGACAAGAACGCUCAUUCCAUGACGACGCUGCAGAGCAUGGAUAAGCCCAGCGGCAUUCUUCGCGUCUGGUACAUCCUUAUUGAGGGCCUGGCGAGUGCAACCAUGAUUUGUCCGAGACGUUAUCAACCACAUACUUUGGAGACUCUGUUCCAUCUCUUGCGCGACAUUUUGAAUGUACCCGGGCCGGCUUUCGGACUCUAUUGUGUUAAUCAUCUGCUGCUACCUAUGGUGCAAAAUUGGCUAAGGAAAACGUCCAAGAUCUUCCGUGGUUGGGAUAACUUUGCGCCUAACUUUAAACAAUGCUGCGGUCUCACGACCGAUCUCGUGGUUGAUUACUUGACGCAUCUGCAAGGUCCAGAAGUUGUCAGGAACGAUGCCUAUCUGCCGGCCACAACGUUGAUGUUGAAACAACUUUUAUUAGUGAUGGCGGAAUGCGUGGUGCAGUCUACGGAGAGCAUAGCUCGUCUCGGUUGCGCUUGCAUCAGGCACGUCCUAGUGAGCAGUGGGCCACUUCUCACCUCGGAACAAUGGGAGGUCUGCGGUGUCGCGUGCUACCGCGCCUGCUCGAACUCGUUGCAGGAGCUGCACCAGCUGACCAUGGCUUUCUCGCCCAGAUCGGAAUCCUUUUACGGGGACGUUGCCCAGGUGAAGGUCGCGGCGCGCCGAGACGCGACACCGGAAGAAACGGAACGGCUGCGACGGCUCGCCGGCCAGGUGUUCCUUCUGGAAGAACAGACACGCGUCGAGGAUGCUUCGCGGUCGCCUGACGAGAGAUCGUACGUGUUCCUUUUGUAUCCUCCUGCCGUAGGUACUACUCUCAAUCCCGAUCUCUACAUCAUUAGAGUUCAAUUGCGCGCGUUAGUGGUCGGACUUUUGGUACACCAGAUGUUGCUUCAUUGCAUCGCGAGUGUCCUUCUACAAGGUGCCGGCACCUCAAUUUCAAGCUUGUCCCAUGUGAUCCCGCACUCGACGCUGUGCAGCUCGCCUAAUCCAAACGUCAAACGCGGUUACCUGUCCCAUCUAAAUCCGCAUCACGUGGAGAUCUUUCUUUCCAUCUUGGAUCUCUCUUACGUCGCUGCGUUGAAAUUUGAUUAUCGACCUGGCCUGAAGUUUCUAGUGCAGAAGGUGGCGAAUCUCGAGCAGCCGGCGAAUCUAUAUCGUCAGGCGGCUGCUGCCUGGACCAUCAAGAUCAUCACGUUAUUGGAGCUGUGCUUGCGCGAGAUAGAGGAACUAAACGCAACCUUGGAACUGGUUAAGACCAUUCUAGGGACAGCACUGAGCGAUCGGGAGUGCGUCUACGAUAUAAAGCAUCGGAAGCUCACCAAAUAUCUUCGACAACUACGUAUGAUCUUCGACGAGCUCUGUGAGACCUACGUUGAGGUGAUCCUCGACGAGGACGGCAGGUACACCAAGGUCGAUAGUUUCACGGAGAGAAAGAUAUUCUUGUUGGUGGCACAGCCCGACGAUUAUCCUGAGAUCACCAGAAAAGAGGCUAUCGACGAUCGACUCGUUACCAGCACUCCGGCGCCUGUCGGCUCGUUGGAGGAAGACGUCCCUGAUGCCCAACUGAACGACCAAGAAGACGACCAGGAUGAUCCGGAUGAUGUCGACGUGUAUAAUCCGAAUUUGGAUGACGAGAGCGGCUUGGAAGAGCUCGGAGCUGAAUGUGAGAAUGAUCCCAGGCCGUUCAGACUGUCGGACUUGGCCGCGGAGUACUCGACUGAUUCUGGUCCGCAGUCCGAGCCGGAAACCGACAACUCGAGACCGAUGUCCAGGCUCGGCUCGGUCACAGAGAAGGUUGUCUAUCUCGAUCGCUCCGGCGGUACCUCCAGUGAGGAUUAUAUCGAUGCCAAGUACGAUGCUGUGACACCGGCGCCUCCCAAUAUGAUAUACAAUAGCGACGAUCUCCGCUGUAAUUUAGAGCCGUUCUGGAAAACAGAGUCGAACGACGCCUCUUCCAUGAGAAUCAUGGCGAAUGUGAAGAUGCUCGAUAGAAAUCGAGCGUUCUCCGACGAAAACUUUUUAUACCAGAAAUCAUAUCCGAAACGACGCGGUAGUGACGUAUGUCCGUUAUCUAGACGGAAAUCCUUAACGUUCAUCACUACGGCGGAUCUCGACGCAGAUAAGUCAUCGCUGGUCGUAGAAUCCGUGGAUCUUCGGCCGAGAUCGGUGAUGGAGCUCCGCGAAACGAGACGUCCAACCUGGACGACAUCCAGUGAGCCUCGCGAACCGGAAACAAAUCGAAGUAUCGAAGAGGAGGACAAAAGUAAUACUAAAUCUUCGCAGAUUCUUGAAAAUAUAGACGAACUGCUGCGCGAUUACGAACGCAGCAAGCGUGGUUUUAGAACGAAUCCCUUUUUGCGGGACGAAGGAAAUAAGGAAAUAAGUGCAGCCGAGAGCCAGCCGAUUGCCAAUCAGGAGGUGGAGUUUCAGCGGAGAAAUGUUAAUAAAGAUAGCGAAGCCCACAGGAAAGCAUGGGCGGAUACCUUGAGCACUGCGCUGGAAUGGGCCUUAGCUUUGCCAGAUGAACGAUUGGCACCGUUACUUCCGGUUUUCGUAGGCGGCGUGCGAACACUAACCAGGCACGCCGUAGAUCAAAGUCUGAAGCAGCGUCUCUCGGCUCUCUUCCAUCGUAUCGCCGUGCUUUAUGGAUUGACAAAUAAUUAAUAGCGAUCGCGUUUUACGCGCAAUCGCAGCCUUAGAUUAUAAGACUCUCGGAAAAGCCGAAAAAGGAACGAUUUGAUAUAUUCGUGAUAUAUAAUUUAUUCUUUCCAUAUUCUUCAUUGUUACUGUGAUGAAGCUAUUGCUUACAAAAUCCAAGAGAGAGAGAGAGAGAGAGAGAGAGAGAGAGAGAGAGAGGAGAGAGAGAGAGAGAGAGAG